CUAGCGACUGCUCACCUAGAUCUCCGUCACCAUUUCCGCUCUCUGCGCGUAAGUAGCUCGAUCUCAGAGGCAAUCUGCGUGGACCGUCGGUCCUUCGAACGCCGACAUCGAUGCCAAAUUGAGCUGGCUUUAAUCGUCUUCGGUCGAGUAUUCCCAAGCAACGGCAUUGCGAAUACCACGUCACGAUGGUUGGGUCGCGUUCAUUGUGGCCAUCACCGUCAAGGUUCAAUAAAGCGUCCCAGCUGGAUCCAGUGCUUCCGAGCCUCACUGCAAGUCUCCCGAUUCCUGAAGCAUCCUCCCAAGCCAUGAGGAACAGUAUAAGACGCUAUUAUGGAAUCAUCAAUUCUGAACAUAUACGACUUCCACGUCGAUCCCUCGAUCGGUCGCUAUCAACUGACCAGAUCCUGUACCUGCUGAAAGGGUUGAGGUGCACUGCUCUCUAUUUCAGCUGUACAGACGGCGGCGUUGGUCAGAUAAACGAUCAGCAGAGGUGGGACUUGGGACUACAUGAAAACUGGUACACGUCGUAUGGUGUCACUGUGCCCAGGCACCGGAUCGCUGCCCAUAAAGGAGUUCGCAAGUCUGUCACCCCCUUUUCACCGGCCAGACCCUGUAGAGCUUCUCUCGAAGCUCGCAGUAAUUGCGCAGGAAGCUCAGAGCGUGUUACCACGCGCACGAGCGGGUGAGCCGGCUUGAAGAGUGGCGGGUGUAAACAGCUCAUGGAGUCAGAUAGGAAGAGAGAUGGUGAAGCAUGCAGAGGCUGCCGACGUGCGAUUGCGCACCACGAAGCAGGCGUGCCGCGUGUGCAGCGCCUAGCAGCACUCGAAAUGAUGCCCCUCGAAGUGAUGUCAUGCGCCCAAACGUUCACCCCGUUUCAACUCCCGAAGGA